AUCACCAUCCUCCCUCAAAGCUAGGUACUCCACGUUUUAGAGUCAGCCCUCGGGAAGCCCCAGCCAUGGCGCAACAGCAGCCACCAGCAACUGCCAGGACCGUCAACGGCUUACCUCCCCAAUGGCGCCGCUGGUUCGACUAUCGCCUCGCCUCACUCCGCGCGCAUUCCCUUCUCCGCCGCCUCCGCCCCAUUCACCUCAUCCCCGCGCCCAUCCCACUGAAUCCCCCCCGCACCUCGGCGGAAGAUUUUGCGCAGCGGGAGGAAUGGGUAUUUGGCGCGCGGAAUGAGGGGAAUGGGGGAAAACCGCGCGGGGGGGAGGUUCUGGGGCAGAUGUCUUCCUCCUCCGCGGGUGAAACGGAGGAAGCGGAAGAGGGUUCCGCCAGGGCGGCAUGGUGGGAUGUGGCUGCUGUGGAGGUGCUUAUAUCGGAAGAGGCGUUCCAGCGGUGGCUGGAGGAACCAGCGGGGGAAGAAGGGCAACUUCUCCCCUCGCCACUGUUCCCAAUACCCUCAAUACAAUCACAAUCACUAACACUAACCCCGUCCCCGCCACCACCAACAGCAGCACCUGCCGAAUCUCCGGAAACAUCCAACCUUGUAUCACCCGCGUUCUCCUCCCUCUCACCCCCCCCCUCCUCCUCCUCCUCUCAUCCUUCUCCUUCCCCCUCGCACUCGCUUCACCCGCCCUCCGCCUCCAAUCCCCCCGCGUCCCGCCGUCUUGUGCUCUUCUCCGCCAACGACUACCUCGGUCUCGCCUCCCACCCCCGCGUCCGCGCUGCUGCCGCCAAGGCGGCGUGGGAGCAGGGCAUGGGUCCGCGGGCCUCAGCGCUAGUGACGGGGCACACGGCUGGGCACCAAGGGCUGGAGGGGGAUAUUGCGCGGCUCAAGGGCACACAGGCGUGCCUGCUCUGUCCGACAGGCUUUGCUGCCAACCUCGCAGUUCUCGCCUCUCUAGCCCCAGUGGCACGCUCCAGGAGCAGUAACAGUCCUGUGGCUGGGAGAAACCAAAGCAGCAGCAGCAGCAGCGGUGGCGACGGUGGUGAUAGCACAGACAGCACUGGGGGAAUCAGGAGUAUGGGAAGCACUAGCAACACUGUUGGUAGUGGUAGCAGUGGUAGCAGUGGUAGCAGGAGCAUGAGCCAUGUGUGGGGACAAAAGGCGGUGGUAGAGAGCAGUGCAGAGGAGAAUGUGGAGAGAGCUGGUGGUUCAGAAGACUCCUUGGCGGUGUUUUCAGAUGAGCUCAACCAUGCGUCCAUCAUUGACGCCCUGAGGCUGCUUGUGCGCGAAGGGAGCGGUGCAGUGGAGGGGCGUGCUGCUGCUGGUGCUGCUGCUGCUGUGGUGCUGCAUGUGUAUCGGCACAACGACAUGACGCAUCUGGAUGAGCUGCUCGCGGCAUCAAGUGCUGCUAGAAAGCUAGUCGUCACUGACAGUUUGUUCAGCAUGGACGGUGACUUUGCUCCUCUGCCCGCCCUGGCGGCUCUCAAGGUCAAGCAUGGCUUUCUGCUCGUGCUCGAUGAGGCACACGCCACGCUGGUGUGCGGCAGCACCGGCGGGGGCGCAGCGGAGGAGAUGGGCGUGAAGGGGGCGGUGGACGUGCAUGUGGGCACACUCAGCAAGGCUGUGGGAUGUCUGGGGGGCUUUAUUGCAUGCUCCUCUGACCUGCGUGACUUCUUUGCAUCGCGCGGCCGCUCCUUCAUUUUCUCCACUGCGCUGCCCGUGCCCGUGGUCGCUGCUGCCAGAGCGUCCUUGGCAGUAGCAGCGGAGGAGCAGUGGCGGCAGCGGGAGGUGUGGAGGAGAGUGCAGCAGCUUGGAGAGGGUCUGGGGACGGCAUUCACCAGCCCCAUCUGCCCCAUCGUGCUCGGCUCCGCUGACCUUGCCCUGCAGGCCAGCAGGCAUUUGCUACUCUCUGGUUUCCAUGUGCCUGCCAUCCGGCCUCCCACUGUUGCUCCUGGGUCCUCACGGCUCCGUGUGGCGCUCUCAGCCUCCCACACACGCGCCCACGUGAGCGCUCUUAUCACGGUGCUCCGACCCAUCCUCGCCCUCUCCCGCUCCAUCUCUCGCACCAUACCCCCUCCCCCUGCUCCUUCCUCCUCUCCUUCUCAAUCCCCGUCUCUUGGGCUUCAAGGGCAGCAGCAGCAGCAGCAGGGGUGUACAGCAAAUGAAGGGGAUGGGACAAGUAAGGGUAAUGUUAAUCGAGCGCGCAUGUGAUGUGAGAUGGCAUACCGCCGCUAGUACGGUAUAUCCAGACACGAGGUGCUUGUUUUUUUAGAAUGCUGAAAAUCUGGACAGUGUCCGUCCAGUGUUUGUUAUGGCUGUUGUACUGUAGUAAUCCUGCUUGGUGGAGAGAGAUGCGCACGGAUAUACCAGUCUU